AUGAAAGCAUUCACCAACAAUCCAGAAACCAAAUGCAGACAUGAGAUUUUGGCGAAGCAUGAAAAAGUUUCCCCAUUACAUGACUGUUGUGACGUGUGCACUGAAAAGUGUGAUUGUUCCCCGUCCUCUUGCAAAGAAGGUCCUUACAUGGCUCAACCUACUAUAACUGAAUGCAAUGCUCCAAUGAGAACUGUAGGGAAUGAUGAAGGGCAGCUUUUGUGUGAGAUUUUGCAUGAAUUGAAAUACUCCAUAAAUGCCUCUGGCUCAAUAUUUGGGUCGCACAAUUUAUUGGCUGGGAUAGAUGACAAUUUAAUGGACAGUUGUGAAUACAUCUUCACUACUUCUUACCUGACGCAUACACCGUAUUCACAAAUGGCGGACACGCGGGAAAAAACUGGUGCCUAGUCAUGAAAGCGAGGCAUUGGAGGGAAAACAAAAAUUGCAAAUGAAGACUUUCAGUGAACUUGCAGAGUGUUUAGCACGGAUUCCACCUAAAAUAACUUUGUAUGGACGUCUUUUUAAAUACAAUGACGUGGGACGUCUUCUGCUUUUAAUGUUUCGUACUGAUUUGCUGUUUGCAAUCAAAAGGGACGCGUAUAUCUUCAAGGAAACAGGAUGAUUUUGUAGGUUGCCGAAGCCUCAGAAGCUCGACAAGUGGGUGAUGGCUGGCGAAAAUCGGCAAACAUGUUGGCCCAAACUUCACGCUGAAACCAAAUACGAAAGCCAGCUCACUGCAAUUCUGUAAAACAGAAGUAAAAACAGAUAUUGGUGGCAAGAAAAAAAGAAAUAAGCGACGGAUAUAUGGCCUACUUGUCAACGGAAGAGACCUCCGCCAUUACUCAAAACAGGUCAAGUCGAGAGCGGGUGAAAGAUUCAUUCACGAGACUCAUUCAUUCAUGUUAGUGACAUUUUACACAUAUCUAUGUAUGUCUGUAUUUACAACUUCCUUUGGAUGAUAUUAAUUCCGUCGCUUAGGAGUGAAUUGUUAGAGGUACGUUGGCAGAGCUUAGCAAAUUUAGUGCAAAUUUAAAAUCUUUUGAUUUCUUUGUCAUUGCGAAAUAAAAUAAUUUUAUCAAAACUAGAAGCUCUAGUGUGUGAAUCUUAUGGCUUGCUAUUUGCCUGGUCUCCUUUACGGCAUUAUCUCGGAGAGCUCUUGGUAAAAAAGUGGUAUAAAGCUCACAUUUUACUAGGUUAAACUUUUAAGGCAAUGUUUGUGUCAGGACUGAACACGGCAAGCUUCUGUUUCGAAUCAUUAACUGCGAGUCUAGAUCCGUUUAAGAAGGCCAUCAUUUUAUUUAUUUAUGUAUUCUUCACUUUUAAAAUAUUAUGGAACAUGAAGUUAAAACUCCUAACAGCCAAAGAUAAGAAAUAGGAAAAUUACUCGCUGAAAUGAAAUGUGGCUGGCUUACCGAGUCUGCCGAGUAACAAGUUGAAAUUUUGAGCGUACUCCACUCGAUCGCUCCUGCAUUUAUACCAAAAAGAUAGUUUUCAUUGAUGUCCGUCAUCGAUAAAGACCAGAGAAUAACGUCCUGGCAAACAAAAACCAAACAUAACUUCAUCGAAACCUCAGUCACCGCUUCUUUCCUGUCUUCCUUUUUUCCAUCUCGAUUUGAACUGUUUUGUUCAAUGGCACACGUCUCUUGCGUUAACAAGUAGGCCAUAUAUCCAUCGCUUAUUUCUUUGUUUCUUGCCACCAAGAUUUGCAUUGUUUAUAUUUUUGUUUUACCGAAUUGCAGUGAGCUGGCUUUCGAACUCGGUUUCAAUGUGAAGUUUGGGCCAACAUGUUUGCCGCUUUUCUCCAGCCAUCGCCCACUUGCUUCGGAAACCUACAAAAUCAUCCUGUUUCCUUGAAGAUAUACGCGUCUCUUUAGAAGCAGAAGACAUCCCACGUAAUUGUAUUUAAAAAGAAGUCCGUACAAAGUUAUUUUAGGUGGAAUCCGUGCUAAACACUCUGCAAGUUCAUUGAAAGUCUUCAUUUGCAAUUUUUGUUUACCCUCCAACGCCUCGCUUUCAUGACUAGGCACCAGUUUUUUCCCGCGUGUCCGCCAUUUGUGAAUACGGUGUAUACCUUUGGAAUAUUUAAUAGUGACAGAUUCUUACUGUGUUCACGUAUGUGCUUGGGGAUAUAGAGGAAGUAGAAUUUGUAACCGCUAUGGAAAUGUCAAAGUUUGAGGAGGAUGAUCCUCUUAACCUUAAUCACUGUUACUCUGAAGAUGAGGAGGAAAUCCUUUCUCAAAACGAGAUAAGUUAUGAUUUUGAUUAUUAA